AUGGCUUCAUUGCUGGGCGCAAAUUAUGAUUCGUCAAGCGACGAUGAAAAGAAACCGAACACGACAUUCACGUCAGCGACCACGCUCGUCGCCGCUCCUGAGGUCAACGUAGAGGAUCCAUCUAGAUUACAGCUAAUUGCCGGUGCUUCGAAUUCCACCGCACUCACAUACAAUGCGACAUACGAUGACCUGACCCGGCCAUCCCAAGGCCCCGUCAACCCAUUCAAACCCAAUGGCGGUAAUAACGGACUGAAACGCAAAAACGUGCCCACGGGACACGCCCAAGAGGAAGCUAUCAGCGAAGCAACAUUUACCGCGCAACACCGCACGUUCCAGAGUCUGGGUUACUCACGCAAUCCCAGCCAGCCCGAUGCCUUUGUGGGCAAUCUCGACAGCGUCGCGCAGCACGGCGGCAGAGACUUUGUGCAGAUGAAACCGUCCAAACAAGUAUCUGCGGCCUUGAGGCGUAAGAGGCAGAAAAAGGGUGAUUCGAGUAUUGUCGAAGGCGAAGGCGCGUAUCUGGGUCCAUGGGCGAAAUAUGAGAAUGAUGACCAGGUGUAUGAGGAAGAAGCUGCUGAAGAGGAUUAUGAGCUGGCUAGCGACGAGGAAUUGGUUGAGGAAGAUGAAGAGCUUCCGCCGUCGGAGUUGCCGGCCAUGGCGACUGAUUACCAGGAGGAUGCGUCGCAGGCUGAGUCUACAGAGUUUCAUGGUAGUGAACAGUUUGACUACCAGGGACGAACUUAUAUGCACGUCCCACAGGAUCUUGAUAUUGAUCUCAAAAAGGAACCUGGAAGCACCAAAAACUUUAUUCCCAAGAAGCUGGUGCAGACCUGGAAAUCACACACAAAACCCAUCACGUCGCUUCGCUUCUUCCCCAAAACCGGACAUUUGCUACUGUCGUCUGCUGCUGAUGGCAAGGCCAAGAUCUGGGAUGUCUACCAUCAACGCGAACUCUUGCGUACCUUUUCCGGUCACUCUAAGGCCAUUAGUGAUACCAAUUUCCAUCCUACCGGCAAAACUUUCCUUACUGCCUCGUAUGAUCGCCAAAUGAAACUCUGGGAUACCGAGUACGGCAAGUGCAUCUCCCGCUUCACCACGGGCAAGACACCGCACGUUGUCCGCUUCAACCCUGAUCCCGAGCACUCGCACGAGUUUUUGGCUGGCAUGUCCGACAAAAAGAUUGUGCAAUUCGACACACGUUCGGGAGAGCUCGUCCAAGAAUACGACCAUCACUUGGCUGCAGUCAACACCAUCACUUUCGUCGACAACAACCGCCGUUUCAUCACCACCUCGGACGACAAAUCCUUGCGCGCGUGGGAAUACGGAAUCCCCGUCCCCAUCAAAUACAUUGCCGAAGCCGACAUGUUCGCCAUGGUGCGCGCCUGCCCACAUCCUUCAGGCAAAUACGUCGCGUUCCAAUCCGGGGACAACCAAGUUGUCGUGUACGCUGCCACCGACAAGUUUCGACAAAACCGCAAAAAGGGGUUCCGGGGCCAUAAUAAUGCCGGGUAUGCAAUCGACCUCACGUUUUCGCCGGAUGGUCAGUUUCUUGCCAGUGGUGAUUCCGGCGGGUUUGCCUGUUUCUGGGAUUGGAAAACGGGGAAGAUGUACCACAAGUUUCAGGCUGGUGGGAGAGAGGGCUCGGCUGUUACGUGUUUGGAAUGGCAUCCGCAGGAGACUAGUAAGGUGGUCACUGGUGGGCUGGAGGGUGUUAUCAAGUACUGGGAUUAA